CUGUAAAAGUACUUGGUCAAUAAAGUAACUUAUUUAUAACUUAGAGGACAGGGCGGAGAAAAACUAACCACACAGUAGAGAAUUACUGACAGUGACAUACAAGCAGAGAGAGAGAGAGAGAGAAGUGACAGUUUUUAAGCAGUUAAUACAUGACAGGGUUAGGGUUAGAGUGCAACAUAGUUUUCACACUUAAUCUCCAUUUGCAUAGACAUAAUGCUGCUGUAUUUUACAAGACGACGCCAACGACAAGUGCUUCAUAAAACACAAGGGUAUUUGACCAAACACACUCACCGGCAAUCUAAUGCAAUUGCUUCAUCAAUAUUAUUAUUAAACUACUAUUAAAGUUUUUUCUCCAUCUCUAUUAUGACUAUGUUUGUUUUUAUGAUCUGGCACCGGUAAGCAUGUAAGCAUAGAUUCAAGUCAUUUUAGGAGCAGCGCUGCAUGGCAGAAGAUGGUUGUGGCGGUGGUCUCACUUCCUGUCUUCACAUUUUUACACUUCUCGUUAUAGGGGAACAGAGGGGUGUGGAGGAUGUUGACUGAGGCGGUGCAAUAUCAGAGAGGCGCAGUGUGUGUGAGAGAGAGAGAGAGAGAGAGAGAACAAGAAGCAGAGAGGACUAGUGGACUAAACUUUCAUAUCUGUGAGAGGGAGAGAAGGAUUGGAGAGAGUGCAGCUUCUCGACCGAGAGACAGAGAGAGGACGAGACCGGUAAGACAAAGACUGAUUGCGAGCUGAGAACAGAGAGCAGAGGAGGACAGGGAGUGGAUGCUUUCAAAAGGAUAUGCAAAAAGAGUCUGCAAAAUUUAUGACUCAUUCAGAGAUCAAAGAGAAAGGUCGCAAGUUUGAUGGCGGAAAACACACACCGGACUACUGCGGUCACACAUCAUUCACACGCAUUUAAACUACAGCUGUGCUGACCCUCCUGCGGAAGGAACAUUAAUGUUGAGCGUUCUGCUUUAAUCCAAACAUCUGUUUGCAGCAGUCAGACGAGCCUGAUUGACAACCCUCAAGAUCCCACUCCUCAGACACGAUGACCGCCUCUUCGUUCCCCUUCACUCCUUCGGCCUCUGCGUCGUCCAACUCCUCUCUUCCCUUUUCCUCCACUCCUUUCUCCAUAAACCAGAAUAUUUGCUCGUUUGACGACACAACCCUCCGUCUGCCGCUGAUGGUCUCCUACUCCCUCUUCUUUGUCAUCGGGCUCGUGGGUAACCUCUUUGCACUGUGGGUCUUCCUUUUCUUACACUCGAGCCGCAAUUCUGUAAGAGUAUUCCUCAUCAACUGCGCCGUGGCUGAUCUGGUCCUGCUGGCAUGCCUGCCCUUCAGGGUCCUCUACCACAUUAAUGGAAACAAGUGGGUACUGGGAUCUUUGGCCUGCAAGCUGGUGGGGAAUCUAUUUUACAUGAACAUGUACAUCAGUAUCCUGUUACUGGGCCUCAUCAGCCUGGACAGAUACUUGAGGCUCAAAGGAAAAGGUAGAGCGCGGAGAGGCAUGAUGAUGAGGCUGCGGGGGCGCAACUGGCCAUGGAGCUGGGUGGCGUGCGCAGCUCUGUGGGGUCUGUCACUGAUUGCAGCGGUGCCCAUGAUCGCCACGGCUGAGGACAAAGAAAACAGCGGCCAGUGCUUCCAGUACAAGCAGCGACGGGUAGCCAAAGGGAAAGCAUACUUCAACGCAAUGUUGGUGCUGUUGUUCUGGCUCGUCUUCAUCAUGCUCGUGGUCUCCUACGCGAAGAUCGCCUCCCAGUUGCUGAGGGUGUCACGGGACAAGCCGGACCUGCCCAACUCGCACAAAUACCAACGGACCGCCAAGAAAUCCUUCUUUGUGCUCUUUCUGUUUACCCUUUGUUUCGGGCCCUACCACGCCUUUCGCCCCGUCUACAUCCUCUCCCAGCUCAGCGGAACAGCAUCAUGCGACUACUUGCACCUGGUGGACCGCACCAAUGAGGUCAUGUUGUUAUUCUCCGCCUUCAACAGCUGUUUGGAUCCCGUCAUGUACUUCCUGUUAUCCGGCUCGGUGCGCAAAACCGCCCUCCGAGUACUCGGAGACCGACUCGGCAAUUGGGCGACAUCCAACAGCUCGACGACAGAGUUCAGACGGACGUCUGUGCCUGUGGCUUUAAAUUCUCAACUCAACACCCCCUCGGGUACCCCGAGAAACAGUAUCUGUGUCAUCAAAUCCACCCUUCGCCACACGGGAGUGACGGUGUUUCCCCCUACCGACCAACAUUGACGAAAGCGUGAACGCUGGAGAAAUAAAUACCUUUCAUUUCUAACAUAUGCCAGACUGAUCGGGCAAUUAUCUGUAAAAUGACUUCUUAUGUUCAACAAAUGUUUGUUUGUUGUUGUUUCUUUUACUGCAGUUACUCAUUGUUUAGACAUUAAAUCAUUGUUUAAAUUCUACUUUAAUGUCUGAGUGAAAGAAAGAAAAAGAAAGAAACCAUGUUUAUUUUCUAGAGAAUGCUAUUAUGCAUAAUGUUUCUGAAAAUAUAAAUGGGUAAAUUUGUGAUAAUGGAUUGAGUGUAUCUCAAUUAUGUUAAAACAAACACAUUUUGGAUGUUUUUGUUCCUUUUCUAAAUAUAUUUGUAAUGUUAAUAUAAUCCUGUCUAUAUGAAAGUAAAGAGAUGAAUAGAUCUAACAAGGGGGUGUUUCCUUCCU